AUCACAGUAAUCGAACGGGCAGCUCUCUUUGUACAAUGAGUAAUCCCGGUCCCUUCCCUCUCUGCCCUUAACCCUCCUCGACAGAAUCCGGAAGCGGACUAUCAGCGAAAGAAAAUUGCUUGCCCCGCUCGACAGAAUCCAGAAGCGGACCACUUCAGUGGUUUUCCUAGCACGCUUGGAAGUGGGAACCAUCACGACCGGUCCUCAAGGAACAAAAUGUUUUCUUUGAUAAAGAUCGACAAUGAAGGGAUCGCCUUCCAUACUGGCUCUUAAAAGAUGUGUUUUUUGCUAGGGUUCUUUGUGGUGGGUUUAUAGAGAGCGUAGAAGACGAUUCAGGCGAUUUCUAGUGUUUGGUUUCUUAUUCGUUUGAUUUGGAUUAGUUAGUUACUGCCAUGAGGAUUACUGAACUGGAGGAAGGAGGUUUGGAGAAGUGUUAUGAGAAUGAGAUUGUGGCAAUUUGCGCGAAGAGAGUACUGGUUGGAGCAGGGGUGAGGGUUCUUUUCUACCCGGUCCUUCUGUACAAUGUCAUCCGCAAUAAGAUUCAGGCUGAAUUUUGUUGGUGGGACGAAGUUGAUAAGGUUAUAUUGGUAAUACUAUUAGCUGCAAUUUCUCCUUAGCUGUAGCUUCUGUGAUGAAAUUUGCUACAAUUUGUGUGAUGCAACUUUUGUUUAGUUGAGGCACAUAUGUGAAGGGUGGAAACAUAUGAAAAACCGAUUGUAUAGAGGAAGCUGAGAGAAUGUUGUAGUGUUCUCCGUUGAGAUUCAAAUCUAUGUAACCUUAGACAAAUGCAUGAUAAAACAUGUUCGAUGUCUUACUGCGGAUGUAGGUCUUUGAUCGAACCACAUAAUUCUUUUGUGUUCUUAUGUUUUUUUCAAUAA